GCAACCGCUCACUGAACGGCUAAGUAGCAAUGAAGAUUAGUGAUUUACUUUGGAUCCAACAAAUCUCCAACAACUGCUUAGUCAGCAUUGUUGGAAUUGAAUUAUCAAAUAACACUGCUGUAGCAACAGAAGGUGAAAUUGUAGAGAUGGAUUAGAGUAAUCCUAUUCCUCAAAUGUUAAGAACACCAGUCCAUGAAGCACUUAUUGUUUCUAACAAUGAAAUUCCGAGUACCAAUGAACAUCCCGAUAGUCAAGAGACAUCUACUAACAAUGACAUUCCGAGUACCAAUGAACAUCCCGAUAGUCAAGAGACAUCUACUAACAAUGACAUUCCGAGUACCAAUGAACAUCCCGAUAGUCAAGAGACAUCUACUAACAAUGACAUUCCGAGUACCAAUGAACAUCUUGAGAGUCAAAAGACAUCUACUAACAAUCAAAAUACCAGUGAACAUCUUGACAAUCAAAAGACAUCUGCUAACCAGCCCAUACAGCAACAAAGCAACAAUUCAUGGCAUAGUAGAAGACGACCAGUUUUGCAUAAAGCAAGUAAAUCUUCAGUUAGUGCUGCAUUUGAAUUGCUUGCUGAGAAAAAAAUACAGUUAGUUAAUUGGCAAAUAGAACUGGAGAAAAUAAGAAGAGCCCACGUACGACAAAAAAAUCAACUGGAAAUAGAUAUCUUAAACUUACAAAAGGAUGAGAUGCAAUUGAAAGUAGAUUUAUUAAAAAAACAUUAAAUUCAUAAUAUCAAUUAUCUCCUUCUGUCUCUCUGUAUUUAU